UUUUUUUUAAAUUGACGUACAGUUUUUGAAGCGAGCUGUUUUCACUCGGUGAUUAGGGCAUCGGAGUAAAAAAACCAAACAAGCGCGUUGUGCAAGAAGAGCCUGCAUCAUAUACAUUAGAGUCCAGAUGGAGGUGAAGUGGUGGAUGAGAAGAUGUCGGUCAUGAUCGAGGAGACUGUUCAGAUGACCGGGAUUUGACAAUCUGACACAACUGACACUUGUGUGUGUGUGUUUUUUUUUCACUGUCGGAUGACAGCGACGAUCGAUCGGACUGUGGGAUCAGAUUCAGUGUCUAUAAAGUCAGGGAUGAGAGCACUGUGUUGAAUUCAGCAACAAGGUCAAGUCUGAGUUUGUUCAUUUGAUUCGUUGUGAAUGCGUAAUAAGGCUUAGAGCCCCACUACGGUGUGCUCAGACCACUUGUUGAAAUUUCGGAAAAGUUUACAAUUGCCAGUGCACGAAAACAAAAACAAACUUUUCGUGUGUUUUUGCUAGUUUGGGGUCGAUAUACUGCUGUCUCGGUGGCUACAAUCCUUGGAGUUACUUGCGUAAUAACUUCGACAUCUACAAGAAGGAAGGAGUCGAAUUGUGAUCAUUGACUACUGCCUCGGCGCGGGUUGUGUUAGCUUCGCGGGGCUUCGGGCACUUUUCGGUGUUGGCUAGCUGGCUAGCAAGAAAGCUAGCUGAAUAGUUAAAAAGAGUUAAGCAAAAGCAUUUGAUUCCACAGACAAUUUUGUCCCAGACACGCUGAUCUGACUAGAAUUUUAAGCGGAAUUGCCCAUUUGUAGUUGUCAAGUUGAACUAAAUGUAGUUAGCUGGCUGUUAGCUAACUAGCUAAGGCUUAGCUUGCGAGCUCGAAAAGUUGCUAUUGAGCCAAGCUUAGAGAAAAUACUUGCUUUAUUAUUGCUACCCAUUUAGGGCCCAAUUAUAAAUAUCCGCUUUCUAGGUGUAUAUCUGAAAAUAAUAUUGAUAGCCGAAGUGGAGGAAAUGAUGCAGAUAGGAGCUAGCGUUAGCUACCAAGCUAUGGUUGUGUAGCUAGCGCGGCUAAACCGGCUAACGAAUCCUGGCAGUGGGUAAAAAAAAGUUUUAUAUCGAUAACAAUAUACUGAUACCAUAUUCCUUGCUUUCACACGUCUAGACUAAUUUUUGUACGAGGAUAAUACUGUCUUUUUUUAGUUUACACCAGUUAACAAGGUUUUUCCCCGACUUGCGGACUGCAGUUUGACAGCUGACGUCUCCGACUUUCCAACUUGUUUCUCCCCUCAAAAAAAAUGAUUUGCAUCUCGAGCCUACUGGAAUGUCAACCAUGAGAGGGCAUUUGAAACAUAUCUGAGAUUUAACUGCAAGCACAUAACCAGUGGACAUUUUGUUUUUGCUGUGUAGUCAGUCUCUAAACUCUUGCGGCCCUCAUCAUGUCCGGAUCCCCGGGCUCGAGUAGCUCCUCUAACCCGAGGAAGUUCAGCGAGAAGAUCGCGCUGCACAACCAGAAACAAGCGGAGGAGACGCGGGCCUUCGAGCAACUUAUGACGGACCUCACCGUCUCAAGGGUGCAGUUUCAGAAACUCCAGCAGCUCCGUUUGUCGCAGAACCGUGCCCAGUACUACGGUGGUUCCCUGCCCAACGUCAACCAGAUUGGCAAUGCCAGCACUGAUUUCCAGGGCACAUUUCCCUCUGGGCUCGACUCUGUGAGAGGCACCAGGCACCACGGUCUGGUAGAGAGAGCGGUCCAAAGAGACCGCAACCGCAUCAAUUCACCACACCGCAGACCUAUCGACAAGCAUGGACGGCAGGCAGAGAGUUCUCCUUAUGGAACCGUGUACCUGUCGCCUCCCCCAGACAACAGCUGGAGAAGGGAACAGCAGCCAUGGACCGAAGAGAAACGGCCUGGGUUUAGAUUAAUAUCACAGCUCAACAGAACCAACUCCGAUUCAGCUCUGCAUACGAGUGCGAUGAACCCGCAGGAUCCAUUGAGCGGGAACCAGCAGGCUGGCAGAGGGCCGCCCCAGCGCAACGCCAGUAUGAAUGAAGCGGAGGUGGAUGGCACAGGAGAUGUUUUCUCUUUCCCUGCUGUUCCUAAUGAGGAGAGUCUUAUAGGUGUGAGUAAGCCCUUGCCCAGGCAGCUGUGGGAGGCCAAAAAGGUGCAGUCCCUUUCAUCACGGCCCAAAUCUUGUGAAGUUCCCGGUAUCAAUAUAUUCCCAUCUCCGGAGCAAAACGUCGGUCUAUCUCACUAUCAGGGCACGUUAAAUACAGGCGGAUCUCUACCGGACCUCAGCAACCUGCACUUCCCCUCUCCUCUCCCCACCCCGCUUGACCCUGAGGAGGGGGGCUAUCCUAACCUUAGUGGAGGCAGCAGCACAGGAAACCUGCCUGCUGCCAUGAUGCACCUUGGAAUUGGAAAUUCUCCAGGUUUGUCAUCCUCUCUGAGCAACCCCUCAAUCCAGGCAUCACUCAACAACUCCCAGCUGCCCUCGUCUCUGAGCAAUCCCUCCAUCCAUUCUUCUCUGCGGCUUUCUUCGCUCUCCAGCCCUCCCACAGGGGGCAUGGCCACCUCGCCCAGGAGACGACCAGCUCCCAUCAGCCCCCUCACCCUUUCUCCUGGCUCUGAGCAGCGCCGCAGCCUGGGGAAGCAGCUCUCACCCACCAUGUCACCCUCCCUGUCUCCAAUCACACAGGGGGUCCCCUUGGACACCAGUAACCUGCCAAUGGAGCCUCCUCCUCCCUAUCCCCUCUAUCAGCAAUCUCAGCAGAGUUUGCAGCAGCAGUCGACCCAGUCCCAUCCAGCCAACCUCCAACAGCGCCAGCCUCAGGGACAGCAGCAGCCUGUUUCCCCUUUGCAGAAUGUUGCCCUGGACUUCAACUCCAGUGCUCCAAACAGCAUGGGUGUAUUCUUCAACGAUCCGUUCCUGGAGCCGCAGUACUCUGCUCGCCAGUCCAAGUGUUCAUCCUACCAGGACCAGUACAAUAUGCUGGAGCAUGCCAUGAGCUCCAUGGCCGGAGGAUUUGACCCCUCCUCUAACCUUUACUGCUCCCAAGCUUCGCUCAUGGGCCUGACCGGUAGCCAUGGCAACCUGCAUGACCCCUUGCAGAUGAAGGCUAACAUGCUGUACUCGAACUGUGGAGGUGCAGUGCCCAAUAUCAUACUCACAGACGAAUCAAGUCCUAGCCUGUCUAAGGAUAUCAGCAGCGUGUUGUCCUCCGUGCCCGAGUGUUUCGAUUCGGAAGGGGUCUUCCCCCUGGAGGACGAGCUCCGCAUUGAACCUCUCAGCCUGGAUGGACUGAGCAUGCUCAGUGACCCCAACAUGGUUCUGCCAGACCCUUCGGUGGAGGACAGCUUCCGCAGUGACAGACUCUGAGGAGCUGCAUGUGUGCAUGCAUAUUCAUUCUCUCUCUCUUUUCUAACACACAAACAAACUUGCUCAAGACAGGAUGCUGCAUAAAAUUGCACCAGCAGAACCCAAUCCUGCUUUACACACACACACACACACACACACACA